AUGAUUCAGAAGUCUUUUAAAACAGUACUGAUUCUUGGAUGCAUCUUUUUUGUUUGGAUAAAAGUUACGGCUUCGUUUGCUAUUAAAGAAAUUUAUGUGCCAACGAUAUUUAAGAACUUCGAAUCAACAUCUAAUUAACAAUAUUUUAAGUAGAUUGCGGUUGCUAAAAAAGCAGGGUUAAUUUAUUUUAAGCAAGGCUUAAGUACUAUUAACAUUUAUGAUGAGAAUGAUAACUUUAAUUAGCUGUGCACUUAUUAACCUCAAGGCUAAUUAAAAGACAGUUUCUUAGUAUCUGAUGAUGGUAAAUUCUUAAUUGUUGUCCUUUAGAAUUUCUUAAAUAUAUUAGAAUUUGAUCAUAAAACAAAAACCCUCUCUAUUUUGUUUACAGAUGUUUAAUAAUCUCAAUUUAACAUUCUAUCUCUCAACUAGUAGCAAAAUAAAAUUUACUUAAUUAGAGAUUAAGUUAAUUUUUAGAUUAUUUCGCUAGUAGACUUUAGCAUAGCUAAAGGAACUCUUAAUAACUAAUGGUAAGUUUUGGAUAUGCAUAUUUCUAAUGAUGAGAAAUGGCUGAGUGUAAGCGCUAAUACAUAAGGUCUAUUUUUUUAUUAGAUUAAUAAAUCUGAUAACUCUACAAUUUAAUUUACAUAAGUUUCCUCAAAUUCAAAUGUCAAUUUUUACCAGUUCAUCCUAUUCAAAAACGACAAAUACAUAAUAGGCUUAGAUUAUUGGUAGGGAAUAAGUAUAUUUGAUCUAACAACUUUUGCUUAGGAGCUUAACUAGGGAAACACAAACAUUUAGCUAAAUACCCCAGUUAUAAACUGGUGGAUGGUAUAGGGUGGGUUUCCUUAUUCAUCUACUAUUGAAAUUAACCAAGAAUAGUCUUUGAUAUAUGUAGGAGCGAGAUCAUCAGGCAUAUACGCUGUAGACAUUACUAAUAUUUUAAAUCCAGUAGUGUUCUAACUUAUUUAGAUUUAAGAUGAUAUAUUUUAGUUAAUCCUAUCCUACAACCUCUCUUACCUAUACUUAUCAACAAAAAAGAGUGUUUUAGUAUAUGAAAAAGAUCAGGUUAAUCUAUAGAUGAGUUAUCCUAAUUUGUAUAAUAAGCAUUAAUCCACUCUUUCUUCUAUCUUAAAUACUCCAUAUGGUUGGAGAAGUCUUUUACUAAAAGAUGAUAUAACGCUAAUAGUAACAUGCUCUAACUAUGGAGUUGUCAUCGCAUAAUUCAACUAAACUAGUAUAUAAUUACCAUUAUAGGUACUCAGUACAAUUUCCUACCCUUUUUUAACAUAUACUGACAACAUAAUGCUAUUUAGAAACGAAACAUUCCUCUUAGUUCCUGUAUAAGAUCCUAGUGGAUAUAUCAUAGAUGUCUAUGAUAUUUCUAACAAAACUUCUCCAAAAGUUGUACAACGUAUAGCUUCUUCAACAUCUGCUUAUAUCUAUUCUAUGUCUAAAAAAUAAGAUGAAACACUUUUUGGCUGCCAAAACCUAAAUUAAUUGGUCUUUUAUAAUAUCUCUGGUAACAUCUCAUUUAAAUUGAUCUCUUCAUUUAGUAUCCCAUAAGCUCUUUCAACAGUUCAAACCAACGAUAUGGCUAUUUUGAAUGGUUUUCCAUACGUUAUUUUACUUUUUAGAGCAUUAACAAUAGCAGCUUUAGAUAUUUCAGAUGUCUAAAAACCUUUUAUUGCAAGUAAUAUUGAUUCUCUCGGAGCUGAACAAGUAAUUUAAGGUACAUAUUAAAGAAAUUAUUGUUUUGUUGCAGAUGGUUUGUAAGGAAUUUCUGUUAUUGACUUAACCUAACUCCCUAAAAUAGUAAUAAUUUCAAAUGUUUAAAUUAGUGGGUAUACCAAUUUUUUGAAUCCUAUUGUGAAAGAAUAAUUUAUAAUUACAAGCCAGCUAAGUGGAGGAGAAUCAUCCUUAGUAAGUAUGAGCUCAAUAAAAUCUCCUCAAUUUCUUAGUUAACUUUAAUACAAAAGUGAAUUUGCAGCUGCUUCAUCCUUAACAAGCGACUUAAGUUACUUAUUUGCUAUAAAUGCUGGUGGUGUUAGGAUAAUUCCAAUAAAAGCUAAUAUCUUUAUUCAUUAUGAGUUUUCAUAGGUUGUUAAAGAUAGUACAGGUGUUAUAAAUCUAAUAAGAUUAAAGCAAGUAGACUAAAUUCUGUCUGUAGGGCAAACUAUUUAGAUCACUUUAAAUCCACUAUAUCCUAUAUCUGGAUCAUAAAUAACAAGUGCUUAUUUUGUAAGAGAUGGUAUUUUAUAUGAUUUACCUUCUUGGAUGGUAUUUGAUAUCUAUUAAAGCACACUAACUUUGAGUAUUACCAAGGAUUCGCUUAAUGUAAUUAAAGCAAACAGCUUAAACAAUAAUGAUAUUACAAAGCAAACCGUUGUAUUUGUAACUAAAUUACCUCUUACCUAAAAUUCAUUUGCUUUUACAAAUGAACUUACAGGGAAUGUUACAAUUAGCCAAAAUAUGAGUUAACAAAUUUUUAUUGCCUAUAAGAAUAUGGGCACCAUAAAUCAUUUGAACUAAGUUUCAGAUUCAUUUGCUGAAGAUGAAACUUUUACUCCUCCUACGAUUACUGGAUUAAAUUUAACUGAUGAUGCAAUCUUGAAAAUCAAAAAAGUGCUAUAGAUGAGCAUAACAUAUUCUCCAGUUGAUCUACUAUUGCAAAAAUCAUUAAUAAUAGAUUUCACAUAAGAUAAUAAUUAUAUUUAAUCAUAUUCUCCAUCUGUUAGUAUUUUAUUUACUAUUAAUUAAAAAGAUGGUAAAUUUGUUAAUAGACUAUAUUCUAGUGUUGUAACUUCUUUAACAGAGAAGUAGGAUUAAAUCUAAUUACAAGGAAAUAUUAAAAGCUUAAAUUAACUCCUUUAGCAAUAAAUUUAAAUAUACCUCUAUGAUAAAAGCAGUAGAAAUAUUAACAUUCAAAUUUAAGUAAGCGAUGGAAUAAAUAAUGACUAUAUAGACACCUAUACAUUUGAUUAACUAUCUAAAAUAUUGUAAAUAAAAAAAGAUCUUUCUAUUAGUCCAGAAAAUAAAUUAUAAAACUAAAUUAAUAAUUAAUAUCCAGGAUCUCAAAUUUAAAUAGAUAGUUAAGUUGAUAUAGAGUUUUCUUUGAAUACAUUUAACUACGCGAACUUUAAUGAGUUACAAUUUUAAGCCUUUUACUUUGAUAAUGAUCAAUACAUACCUUUAACUAAUUAGCAAAAUGAAAUUUAAUUCACUCCUUAAUAGUUUAAAUUUUAUAUUAAAACAUCAACUUCAGACUUUGGAAGAAAGUACUGCUUAGCUAUCAAUGCAACAGAUUCUUAUUCUUGGGCUAUGGACUCAUUUUGCGUAACAGCAUCUGUCAUUUCAUUUCUUGUGUUUUUGAAUAUAUUUGUAUAAGUGCUUGGACCUUUAUUGUUUUUCUUAGGUGUAUUCAAGUAUUGGAAUUCGCUUUUUAAUAUGUUCUUUAACAAAUAAAAUUUGUUAGGAAAAAAGUAGAUUGAAGAAAACAAAUAAUUUGUGCUAAAAUUUAUUGUAGUUAAUGAUUCUUAUUUGAUAGGUUAAAAACUUUUCAAUGAAUAUGUAAAAAAUAUACCAGAAAAAACAAUAGCUCAAAAAUUAAUUUAAAGGUGUUAAUCACCCCACAAUAGUUCGCUAUUAAAGAGUGACAUUCUAAAAUUAACUUUAAAAAAAGAUGAAAUAUUAUAAUAAAAUUCAAGCGAUGAUAAACAAGAAAUGUAAAUUAAUGAUUUUGCAUUUACAAAAGAAUAAAAUGAUAAAGCUAGAUAGGUUCUUCAAAAAACUACAAGAAUUUUAAAUAGUAAAAGUUUCAUGAAUAAAGAGAUUAAUUACUAGAAAUUUUCUAUCUACUUAACCAAUAAUUAAACUAUUGAUAUAAAAACAUUUAUUACUGAUUUAUAUACUUCAAACAAGCCAAUUAAUUAUGAAGGAAAGGUUAUUUAUCCUAAGUAGCUAUAAAAUGAGCUUAAUGAUUCUGGAAGCGUUCUCUAUAACUGCUUGUCUGGACUUCUUAUUUAAUAAUUUUUAAAAUUAAAUAAACGCACAUUUGUUGUUUAUUAAUUAAUAAAAUAAAUCGCUUAAUUAUGCAAUAAAAAUUCAUAAAAAUAAUGGACUGAAUUUUUAACUGAGUCUUUUCCAAUAUUAAAGUAAAAGAAGUAUAAUGAAGAAUAAAUAAUUCCUUAUAUAUAAAUAAAAGAUGAAAAUCUAUUGAAAAUAUUUAACAUUUUGCUGUUAAGUAUGAAAAAGAAUGUUCUAUUAAAUUCUUAUGAACUAAAUGCAGUAAAUAUAAAAUAACUAUUGGGAGUAGACUUAGGAUUAAUAAUUGACAAUAUCAUUACAGAUGCUAUUGGUAUAGUUAAACCAACAAACAGUUCACUAUAUCCUAAUAGUGGAGAGAGUAUACACCUCUUAGAACACAAAAUUAAAAAAGUGUAAGCAUAUAUGAAAUCUAAGAACUCUAAAACAUUUUGUCUAAAGAAGUUUUUAAAUAUGGAGUAUUAGCCUUUAUUUUCUCACAAAAAUUAAUAAUUACCUAGUUGGCUAAAAAUUAAAAUAGAAAAAUAACUAAUAACUCUUUAUGGAAUUGCUCCAUAAAGCCAAAAUUAUAAUAAGUUAAAGAUUUGUAUUUUCGACAAUAAUGAAUGCAUAGUUAGAGAAGUCAUAUUAGAAAUACUAAGCAACAAAAAUAAUUAAAAAUCUUAGCUUAACAUAUCAGAUGAUAUUUCUAUUCUUGAAUCAGAAUAAGCUUUGCCUCUUAAUAAAUAUGGUUAUAGUGAAGUAAGAGAUAAAUAAUCACCAACAAAAUUAAAACUACUUGAAAAUAUGUAAAGCGAAGGUAAUUAGACUAAGCAAACAGAAAAUUAACCAAUUUUAUCUAAAAAUAACUUUAGAGUUAUCUCAUUUGAAUAAUAUUGCUCAGAAAGCUAGUUUAGUGUUAAAGCCCAAAGCUCGCUAUAUAAAAGUAAUGUUUUAUAGCUAAAUAGAACUAUCACAAAAUCAAUAAAUCCUUUGUUAAUUAAUAACAAUGUUGAUACUUUAGAAUGA